AUGGCUACCGUGGAGGAUAUUGUUUCCAGGGAUUUAUCCACAACAAAUACCUUGAUUAGCACAUUGCAUCAGCAGGUCACUGCUGUCACGGCACAUGUGCAGAGUCUAACGGAGAAGAUCCGCAAUGGAACAUACCCAACAGAAAAAGGUCUGAGUUUCCUGGAAUUAAAAGAUCAGUUGCUGGUGAUGUACAUGCAGGAUCUUGCAUACCUUAUAAUGGAGAAGACUCAUGGGAGAUCCCUGAAUGAGAAUCCAGCCAUCAUGAGACUGGUGGAAAUGCGCACAGUGUUGGAGAAAAUGCGUCCCAUUGAUCAAAAACUAAAAUACCAAAUCGAUAAGAUGGUGAGAGCUGCUGUGACUGGGAGCCUCGGUGAGAAUGAUCCGUUACGUUUCAAACCCAAUCCUCAGAACUUAAUGAGCAAGUUGGAGGAGUCUGAUCAGGAAGAAUCAGGAAAGGAUGAAGAUGAAGGUGGGGCUGGGGCAGGGAAGAAAUCCCAGAGCAAGGGGAGAAAAUAUGUGCCCCCGCGACUUGCACCAGUGCAUUAUGAUGACACAGAAGCAGAGCGGGAGCGCAGGAUCUUAGACAGGGCCAAGAAACGAGCUCUGAGCAGUUCUGUGAUUCGAGAAUUGAAAGAACAGUACACUGAUGCCCCAGAAGAGAUCAGAGAGGGCCGAGCUUAUCAUAUGAUGCAACAUGAAAAAGAGGAGCAGCACCGCACACGUUACGAAGAAUCCAUGAUGGUACGACUGAAUCUGACUAGAAAAGAAAAGGCUCGUAAGAAGAGAACACUUGCCAUGACCUCCCAGCUCAAUUCUCUCACACACUUCACUGACAUCAGUGCUCUCACUGGAGGAGAUGCAAGGACAGAGGACCUAAUCCCAUCAGCCAAGAAACCAAGAAUCAAAAAAUCAAAGAAAGGAAAAAAGAAAGGCUUCAAGAAACGUCGCUAA